UACUCCUCCUCUCUGAGCUCACAACCCGGAGGAGACAGGCGGAGUGGUGCAUCCUCCUCAUCCUCCUCCUCUGAGCACACACACCGGUGAAGCUCGGAUGCAUGCGUAACACCCAGACACCGAGUUUGGAGCACGGGGAGACAACGGACGGCGCCAUGGCUUGCUAUAACACUUUUCUGUUGAAGACGGACAAUGUGGAGAAGAAGAUCAUCAUGUGGGGUUUCCCGAGGACACGGUACACUAACUGCAACGGAUCGUCCGGGGCAAGCGAGCAGACCGAGGUUGUGGUUAACAUAGGGGGAGUUAAACAGGUGUUGUACGGGGAUGUGCUGACCCGCUUCCCGGAGACCCGUCUGGCAGGGAUCGUGGAGAGUUCCUCUGCGGGUUCUGAGGACCUCUCCUCACUGUGUGACGACUACGACCCGGACUCCAGGGAGUUAUACUUCGACCGAGACCCCGAUGCGUUCAAGUGCAUCAUGGAGCUAUAUUACUACGGGGAGAUCCACAUGAAGCGAGGCAUCUGCCCCAUCUGCUUCAUGAAGGAGAUGGAGUUCUGGAAGAUAGACCCCGACUAUCUGGAUGAGUGCUGCAAGAGCAACCUGAGCGACGUGGAGAACGAGCUGGCGGAGAUCGCGGAGAAAGUGAAAACCAUCCUGGUGGACCGAGAUGGGGACCCGUCGGGCACCGGUUGGCAGCGCCUACAGACCAUCCUGUGGAGGCUCAUGGAAAAGCCCGAGUCCUCGCUCCCCGCGCGCACCAUAGCCAUCGCGUCCUUCUUCUUCAUCCUGGUCUCCUCCGUUGUCAUGUGCGUGGGCACCCUGCCCGACGUGCAGAUAGAGAACGCGGAGGGGAACCUUACGGAGCACCCCACGCUGGAGCUGAUCGAGACCCUGUGCAUCGGCUGGUUCACCGUGGAGUACGUACUGCGUCUGAUCUCCUCCCCCAACAAAGUCAAGUUCGUCCUGUCGUUCAUGAACAUCAUCGACUUCAUGGCCAUCAUGCCGUUCUUCGUAGUGUGGACUUUAACAUCUCUCGGCACAGCCAUGAUGGAGCUGGCCAACGUGCAACAGGCGGUGCAGGCUUUGCGCAUCAUGCGCAUUGCGCGGAUCUUCAAGCUGGCGCGCCACUCGUCGGGCCUGCAGACCCUCACGUCGGCGCUGAAGAGCAGCUUCAAGGAGCUGGGCCUACUGCUGAUGUACAUGGGCGUGGGGGUGUUCCUGUUCUCCGCGCUGGGCUACACCAUGGAGCAAAGUCACCCGGACACCUUGUUCACUAGCAUCCCUCAGUCCUUCUGGUGGGCCGUCAUCACCAUGACGACGGUGGGCUACGGUGACGUGUACCCCAAGACCACCCUGGGUCGGUGCAACGCGGCGGUCAGCUUCCUUUGCGGGGUCAUCGCCAUAGCGCUGCCAAUCCACCCCAUCAUCAACAACUUCGUCAUCUUCUACAACAAGCAACAGGUGCUGGAGACCGCGGCUAAGCACGAGCUGGAGCUGAUGGCGCUGCGCACCAGCGACGACCACCUGAUGGCGGGGUCGCGGUGCUCUCAGGGGUCCGCCGCGGGGUUGGAGAUCUGGGACAGGCCUUUGACUUCUGCUCACAGCGAGGCCCACGCGCCCUUAGGGACAUUUGUGCGGUGAAGCUCUCUUGUGGAUGAAGCUGACUCACAAGCUGUUAUGUACUUACUGGUGAGCCACAGGAAGAGCCGACCAGGGUUGCGUGACACCACACGACAACCAUGACAACGCAAACAUGCACCACCAACGGCAAAACUCGUCUUCUCCUCUUGAUGAAAUGUAGUUCGGCAAUUUUUGUAAUUAUUGUAGACCUGUGCCAGUGAGUGAAAAAGCACUUUGAAAGAAGCCCUGAAGAGCUGUGUAUAUUAAACCUGU